AUGGCUGAGAUCGCAAGCCAACAAUCUCAGCAACCUCAGCAACCUCCAACAUUUCAACAAACCCAACUAUCCCAGCCUGCUCAUCCAACUCAGCAAUCCCAAUCAAUUCAACCCUCAAAACCCCCCUUCUUAACUUCAACCAAGCAACCGAGCCAAUGGCCAGUUUGGGAUGGAUCGACAACAUCCCUCAAUGCCCACCUACUUCUUCCGAGAAUUAAGAUUAAAGAGGGUCGAGCUGUACUCGGCUCUGAUAGAGCUAUUUGUUUCGAUAUUUUUCGCUCUGUCCCGUCAGAUAAGCAACCAAGAAUCUUAAACUGGCUUGAAACUGGUGGUUGUGAUAGUAAUUAUAAUUGA